AUGAAACUGUUGAUAGUUUUUGUAUUUAUUGCUGUGGUGGCUGCUGCUCCCCAAUCUCAGGAUGUACAGGUUGUGAAACUUGUCUCUGAUAAUGAUGGACUUGGCACCUACAAUUUUGAAUACGAACAGAGCGAUGGAUCUAAACGACAAGAAAAGGGAGAGCUUAGAAAUGUUGGCGCUGAAGAUGAAUUUGUAGCCAUGUCUGGAUCGUACACGUGGGUGGGUCCUGAUGGAGUAACAUAUAUUGUCAAAUACAUUGCUGAUGAAAACGGUUUCCAGCCCACAAUUGAGCAAGGUCCUGGUGGUGCAGUCCCUGCAGGCGUUGUUGCGUCUCUUCUUGGUUAA